UCCUAGCUAAACCUAUCCGACUGAAAACACCGGCUGUGAACAGCUUGAAGGGAGUCAAUAUGCGACUCAUCAGCCGUACAUAACAAAGGGUUUUAUAGGCAUUUUAAACUUUCAGUGACCGUUACAGUAGUGUACAACAGUUCCAUAAAUUCCGUGUAAUCCAUCCAGGUCCAUUUCAAGUUUCACUUUUCAUUCGGGGGAACUUUUAUCGCUGUUUUGUGUCCACCAGUGCAACACAAGCUAGGCUAAAGGAAACACACAGAACUUAAGCGAAACAAUUGAAAACUGUUUAUUAUUCUGAGGUUCGUCUGCUGCCUCCACUACCAUGGCUAGUAAUCCCCCAGGGCAAGCCUUCCCCAACAAGGCCAGAGUGGCAAUCCUGGCCGAGAUCGAAAAGGAGAAGAGACGACUGUUGCAGAGUCAGACCAUGAAAACACCUGGAGCCAGCAUCUCCCUGUCCAGGCCCAAUCUAAAGGAGUUCAGAGACAACGCAGAACAGCAACACAUUGCUGCCCAGCAGAAAGCUGCUCUGCAGCAUGCGCACACACACUCAUCAGGCUUCUUCAUUACUCAGGACUCCUCAUUCGGGAACCUCAUCCUCCCCGUCCUGCCUCGCCUGGAGCCUGAGUCUUGACCUUUUAACCCCUGCCCCCUCCCACACCCCCUCCAAACAACGCCACCACCAUCUCCCAUUGCUCAGUCUGAGCCCAAAGCAUUGAAACGAUCCAUGUGCACAUAAGAGCCAUGUCUCUCCCAGUUUCCUCUUUUAAGUCUGUGAUUAAUGGAAGGUCAUAUGUCAUGUUAUAAACAACCUCAGGGGAGUGUGAAUCCACUUGACAUUAUCCAGACAAGCAAGCUGACUGCUGAUUUUCGGUUUCAAAACAGACACAAGAAGACUCCAGAUAUCUGUGAAACAUCCUGGAAGUCAUCCAGGGGCUGAAACAAACUCCACAGAUGUGUGCGGAGUCCUGCUCUGUUGCUUAUGUCUGCACUCUGCACAGGGCUUUCCAUAACAUGCACACUGUUUCACGUUUUUACAUUUGCAAAUACUUUGUAUUGAUAUUGGAUAAUAAAUUGUUACAUUUGA